AUUUAUCUUCAGCCAAGCGGAAGUUUGCAGAUUCCCUAAAUGAAUUUAAAUUCCGCUGCAUAGGUGAUGCUGAGACGGAUGAUGAGAUAUGCAUAGCCAAAUCUCUCCAAGAGUUUGCCACCGUUCUCCGGAACCUGGAAGACGAGCGGAUGCGCAUGAUCGAGAAUGCCAGUGAGGUGCUCAUCACGCCGCUGGAGAAGUUCCGCAAGGAGCAGAUUGGCGCUGCUAAGGAUGCCAAAAAGAAAUACGACAAGGAGACUGAGAAGUAUUGUGGUGUCCUAGAAAAGCACUUAAAUUUGUCUUCUAAGAAGAAAGAAUCCCAGCUCCAGGAGGCAGACAGCCAGGUGGACCUGGUUCGGCAGCAUUUCUACGAAGUCUCCCUGGAGUACGUCUUCAAGGUGCAAGAAGUCCAGGAAAGGAAGAUGUUUGAGUUUGUGGAACCUCUGCUGGCCUUUCUGCAGGGGCUUUUCACCUUCUACCACCAUGGCUAUGAACUUGCGAAGGACUUCAGCGAUUUCAAGACGGAGCUGACAAUCAGCAUCCAGAAUACAAGAAAUCGUUUUGAAGGAACAAGGUCGGAGGUUGAAUCAUUAAUGAAGAAGAUGAAGGAGAAUCCUCAUGAGCACAAGAACAUCAGCCCGUACACCAUGGAGGGUUACCUCUACGUGCAGGAGAAACGUCACUUUGGGACUUCCUGGGUGAAGCAUUAUUGCACAUAUCAGAGGGAAUCAAAGCGGAUUACCAUGGUACCGUUUGACCAGAAAUCUGGAGGAAAAGGGGGAGAAGAUGAAGCUGUUAUCCUCAAAUCUUGCACACGACGGAAAACUGACUCAAUCGAGAAGAGGUUUUGCUUUGAUGUGGAAGCAGUGGACCGGCCUGGCGUGAUCACCAUGCAGGCGCUCUCCGAAGAGGACCGAAGGCUUUGGAUGGAGGCGAUGGACGGCCGGGAACCGGUCUACAACUCGAACAAGGACAACCAAAGCGAAGGCACUGCCCAGUUGGAUAAUAUCGGCUUCAGCAUUAUCAAGAAAUGCAUACAUGCUGUUGAAACAAGAGGGAUCAAUGAGCAAGGGCUCUACCGAAUCGUUGGAGUAAACUCUAGAGUUCAAAAGCUGUUGAGUAUACUAAUGGAUCCCAAAACAGCCACUGAAACAGAAACAGAGAUCUGUGCAGAGUGGGAGAUAAAAACCAUUACUAGUGCGCUGAAGACCUACCUGAGGAUGCUUCCGGGGCCGCUCAUGAUGUAUCAGUUUCAAAGAAGCUUCAUCAAAGCAGCAAAACUGGAGAAUCAGGAGUCCAGGGUGUCUGAGAUCCACAGCCUUGUUCAUCGGCUCCCAGAGAAGAACAGGCAGAUGCUGCACUUGCUCAUGAACCACUUGGCAAAAGUGGCGAAUAAUCACAAGCAGAACCUGAUGACUGUGGCUAAUCUGGGUGUGGUGUUUGGGCCAACGCUGCUCCGGCCUCAGGAAGAAACAGUUGCAGCCAUUAUGGACAUCAAGUUUCAGAACAUUGUGGUUGAAAUUUUAAUAGAAAACCAUGAGAAGAUAUUUAACACGGUGCCCGAGACUCCACCGUCGAACUCCCAGCUGCUGUUAUCUCGCAAGAAGAGCACGGAUUCGAAGCCACCCUCCUGCAGCGAGAGACCCCUGACUCUCUUCCACACCGCGCAGCCUAACGAGAAGCAGGAGAACAGGAACAGUAUCAUCAACUCCAGCCUGGAAUCCGUCAUAUCCUCGAACGUAAACAGCUUCCUCAACUCCAACAGUGCUCCGCAGCCCAACCUGAACUCAAGUGAUCUUGAACUAGAAGUAAUUAAACCCAACAGGCCAAAUUCACUGAAGAGCCCCUCGCAAAGUCCUCAAGAAUAAGAAGAAGAAAAAUAAAGGUCCAGAUGACAUUUGCUUUCUGCAGACAGAACUGAAGGCAGGCAGCAGCCACUAUUUCCAAAAAGCCCGCCACCACCUCUGCUAUUUCCUUGGGAAAGAGAAAGGAAAUUGGAUCCUAGAAGACAACUGUUUUCCAAAUGCAAUGAGAUCUCAGAAUAGUCAAUAUACUCAAGUGCAUUUUCUUCUCUAAUGAGACAAGGGAAGGCUUAGGCCUUGCAAUUGCGUAACUCAGUAGGAUGAUAUUCAAGUAAUAUCUUUGAAAAUAAGUGCAUGUAUUACCCUGAAGAGCGAUAAACCCUUAGCAUGCCUCGUAGCCGCGCUGUUUGUAGGUGCUGGGGAGGGCCAGCUCAGGCAGGAUCCUGGAAAGUCCCUUUGUUCUUCUUGAGGAAAUUUGCUGGAGAGACUUGCAGAAGCACUGCAACAGGGAGCAAAAGUAGCUCGGUCAUCAUAGGACCAAAUUCAUCUCUUCUGUGAGUAACUUGAUUGAAAAAGGAUGAUCUUACUGCUGAAAAAUUGCAUGCUGUCAUUAAUUAAUAUUUCUGUCAGCUUUUUUGGUAGGCACUGAGAGUGUCUUCUGUGCCAUUCAGGAUCCAAAGACACCGGAAUCCUCCUCCAAAUUGUUUAUAGCUUCUUAGAUAAAGGCUAAUCCGAGUACUGACUUCUUGCUCUUAAGGCUUUUUUACUAGGCAACAUCGCAGAAUAAUUAUCUGCGAAUCAUAUUGAUUGUAUUAUACACUGUAAUUAGCGCAGCAAACGAAGCAGUUAAUGUAGUGAUGACAGAACUGACUUUAUGAUUAGCGAGAGUUGCGUUCUUUUAAAAUGAUUUCAUCUCAAAAAGUGCAUUGGGGAUUUCUAAUCCCAGUGCAUUGUACAGUUGGAUGAUUUUUUAAAUUUUGAAGUUAGGCGUGCUGGGAGUCCGCGCAGGAGGCGUUGGCAUUGCUGCAUGGACACUCUUGCCCUGUGGGUUCACCUCUGGGGUGUCCCCAGUGGGGCACCGAGUGCCCGAGCUGCAAGGCCAAAGGAGGGGCCAGAGGCAUUGGUGGCCACUUGCAGGGAACAAGCCCAGAGUUAUUUCAGUCGCCAGCUCACCACCCUGCUCCCUGGCACCUUCUGACUCUGGGCAACGCUCCUCUUUGGAAGAGCGAUGAGCGCUUUGUCCUGCCCCAGCUCAGGGCCUUCACAGUCCCUUAGCCACAGCCGCUCAGGGUUUGUGGCUAGCCAGAAGAUGAACUGAUGGCCAAGGUAUCUUGGCUGUCGUAGGGCUCGUUCUGCCCUGCAGGCUGUUCAGUAGAAGGCACUUAGUUCAAGCAGGGAGCUGGAGGCUGAGAGGGCUGUUUCUGGAUGUGGCUGUCCUUGGCUGUAGGCAAUCCAGGUGGGCACAGAGGCUGCAGCAGGUAAUGGGCACCUUCGUGAAGAGCUGAUGGAGGUGGUCGGAUGGAGGAGUCCACACGAGUGCCGAGUGGCCGUGGUAAGACUAUGGGCACACGCAGCAGCUCUGCUGCUGUACACCUUCCCCCUUCACUUGCCGUGCAAGCGUGUAGCCCUCCCGGAGCUUGCUGUCGUGUUCCAGAGCUGUUUAGCUGUGCAGAAUCAGGAAAUGUCACAUACGGGUAUUGGAGCUGAAGGGUUUGGGCUUCCAAAAUAGCAGCGCCUCUUGCGAUACUAAUAAUGAAAUGUUGGAGGUUCUUUUAUCCAGAGGAGAGCACUCUCCAAAUACUCAAAUGGGUCUAACGUACUCUCUCCAUUAGAGGGCAGAAGCAUGCUUAUACACAGAUAAAAUAAAACAAAAUUACAUGCCAUAUAUGCUAUAUAGCUUGCUGUGUUAAGGGAAGGCAGGAUAUCAUCACGGGAGAGCCAGACAACUAUACCUGCUAGAAAGAAAAAGCAGCAGCAAGAACUGGUGUUUCCAGGGUUAAUUUCUGUGAUUGGGGAUAACUGGGUGCUCUUUGUAGCACCUCCCUCUGUUUAAAAUUGGAAAUAGAUUUAAGAUAUGGUAAGUACAAAUGUCUAAUAGACUUGUUACAGUCAAAAUAAUGUGUCUUAUUUAGUCAUUUUUAAAAAGACGGACAAUUUUGAUAGAAAAAUACAAGCAGAUUGUUUCUAAAUGCUGAUAACGUAUUAGGUGAACGUUUUGAGGGUUUCUGUUAAGUCUGUCUUUGACCAUUCCCUGUUUUACAGCCCUCCUGUGAAAGUUCGGCUGCACUGUGUACUUCAUUCCUAUGUGCAUGUACGCUCUCAAGUAAUAAAGGUAUUGCCCUUCCUUGUAAGGGGGAGGUUGUUAGUGUCUGUUGAAUUCGAUGACACGACUUCUCCAAAGAAUAAAGAAGCCAGGAGUUUGCCCUUAAAUGGAUAUGGACUUUAAAGCAGUUCCGGCCAAAAAUUUAACCUUCUUUAAUGUCCUCUAGGUGCCAGUUGUACUGAUGAUAUUUAUGACACGGACACUUUCUCCCUAGAAAUUGGACGCAAUCCACAGACUUUAUUCUUUCAAUAUUGAAUUGUCACAAUCAGAGAAUGCAAAAUAGAGCUGGCUUUCAGCUUUGUUCAGAGAGCGCCAGAAAGGGCAUGCAGGAAAUAUUGAUGUGAGUCACAGCCUUGUUAGCAAGGUCCUGUCAUUGUUGGAAGCCCCCUUUUUCGGUCGAGGCUGAGACGGACAUGGAAAAACGUCAGCGCAUUAAACACACACACACACACACACACACACACACACGAACUGAGCAGGCUGAAACCUGGUCCCCUGGUGGAAGCUGGCCUGUGAAGGUGCCAUUCCAGUUUUAAGCUACUAAAUUAUAACUCAAACUGAAAGAAAGAGAAUUACAAUCACACCACAAAAUUCAAAAUUGACCGUAAAUAUUUUGUGGAGACCCUCUUGGAUUUUGCGGGGGGGAUCAGUUCUUUUUUUUAAAACAAUAGAGGUUGGGAGGUUGGGGUUUUAAAUGGAGCUUGAAAUGGGAAAAAAAAUGUUUGUUAUAUUCUCUUCUCUGUUAAUUUAACAAAAUAUUUCAAUCUGGGCUUCAGAAACAGAACCCGGGUGCUGGACCAAGGAGCUUCUCCUGUUGUGAGCUGGAACGGUCCUUGAAUGAUUGUGGCCUAAAGCGUUGCCCUUCUUACAGAGACUUUAUCUUUCUCUUAAAGGUUUAAGAGGUACUUGUCAACAUGGGCCAUCCGAGAGCUGCUGUUGCCCUCCGGGUGGCGAGCCGUGCCCCGGCGGGCCUGUGUGGGUCCCUGCACCCGGCCAAGGCACCCCAUGGCCGUGUCCUCCAGCUCUGCGCACUGGGCCACCACCCACCCGUGCUGCUUGUUUCGGGGUGGGGGUGACUUCAUCCUUCUUUGGUUUAGGGUUUGGAUUUUUUUUUCCCCUGAGUUGGCCACUAACGCCAUGCUUUUCAGAGGGCUUCUCCUUGAGUGCUGAAGAAACGCAUCCCUGCCUGCUGCCCCAUGAUAACGUAAGGAAACCUGAGAUGGACACAUCGAGACAAAGUCUUGAUAAGCCCAGACUGGUAUUUGGAGCGAAUUGCAUGUACAGGCUGGGGCUGAGGAUGGUGGAGGGUGCCCCUCCUAGCAAAUGGACCACCCUUUCCCCAACCAGGCCCAGCUUUUGAGGUUAUUUUGGUGCUUUCAAGGAGCAGCCCCGCAACCUCACCAGAUCCCGCGGCGAGGAGGGAGAAGAUGACCUGGGUGCUCUCUGGCACCCUGUUAAUAGCCGAUUUAGCCUUUCCCUCCCUCCAGCAUGUGUUUGGGCUCCAGGCUUGUACCAUGGGGUGCUGUGCCCUUGUCCCCUGCCUCGGCACCCGCCAGCGGACCCAAACGCCCCAUCCCUUUCUGGGGACGAAGGCAUGAAACCAUGGUGCUGCCAUCAACCUCUAGUAUUUAUUGGUGAGGGCUGAGUGUUGAGAGUUUUUUUUUGGUGUUUUAUCCGAGACAGAGUUUACAGUCUAAAUUAGAUAGGCAGUACAGAUGAGUUGAUAAAUAUGGGAACAAUAGAAGAUGAAUGAGACUCAGAUUAGUAUUUUAGUAUAAUAAUUGCUUUUCAGUAAACCUGAAAAUAAUCUAAAUAUAACGGUUUUGAAGGAAGCAAGCACUUCUCACUCGACUUCUGCGUGCAUUUACUAGGUCUGUAACUUGAGUCAGCUUUAAUUGGCAGCAGUAACGUAAAGAAAGAAUAGAGUCCAGAGCAGCGUGGA